ACGUACUGCGGAGUUCUGCUAGAUCAGGUGAUUUCCAGUUAGAGCUAGAGCAUUAUAGAAAGUGAAAGCAUUUCGACGACUUUUACAAACAGCCGGCAUUGCUGAAGAGACCGUUUGCAAGUUUCUACGGUCGAAACGCAGGGUAUGGAUGACUCUAAUGAACCCCAGCCACUAAAUGAUGAUAGCGACAGCGCAAGUUUUGAAAUUACUAAUGUUGAAGUUGAAUGUCAGAAUGGUAACGAUCACCUUGAUUUAGAAGCUAUUUGCCAAGCAAAAGAAGAGUUAGAAAGAUGGCAGAAGCAACUAGAUAAGCUGGAAAGGGAAAAGUCAGAUCUAAUUUGUCAAAAGUUGGAUGCAAUUGAGAAGAAAAAGGAGGCUGAAAAUAAGCUAAAAACUGAACAGGAAAACAACAAGAGCAAUCUUCAGAAGGCAGAGCAAUACUUUAAGGGGAUGAUCCGCGACAAGUUGCAAAAAUAUGACAAACUAAAAGUUGAGCUAAUUCAACUUGAAAAUGAACUUCAACGUGAGCAAGAUCUCUGCGACUCUCUUUGCGAUAAGUUCAAGUUUAAGGUUAAGUUACCACAGAAGGACAUGAAGUUUGUCAAGUCCAAACAAAAUGUGCCAGUAGAUCAAGAGACGGAUGAGUUCCUGUAUACAAAAGGCAUCUAUACCAUCAUUCCGAAAAUGUCUGUGCUCCUUCAGAAUGGACAGGCCUUAAUCACAUUUGAAGAGGAGCAAGUUGCACACAGGAUUCAAAAAAUAGGCAAACAUCAUGUAGACCUCCAGUCUGAGAAAAUACAAGUGACUGCUCGUCCAGUCAUGCUGAAUUCAACACAGCAUUUUGAGAUCCAUCUUGAUAUCUCCAUGAAGAAUAUCAAGGUUUCUGAUAUCCCGGAUAUUCUUCCAGAGGAACAGAUGAGGGAUAAGUUGGAAAUAAGCUUUUCAAAGCCAAGUCUAGGUGGAGGGGAGGUGGAGAAUAUCCAAUACUCCAUCUCUUCUGGAACUGCAGUGAUCACAUUCGUGGACAAAUGGGUUGCUCGGCGUGUCACAGAACUGAAGGAAUAUCCACUUCUGAUAAAUGGGCAAGUACAUUGUAUGCUGACUGUGGAAUCAGAAAUGAAUAGUUACUUGCAGAAAUUUCAGAUAUUUAAUGGUGUUUGCAAGAGAACGCUGCUGCUAUCUGAUAUCAAGAGCACAAUGGAGGAAGAAGAAUUACAAGACAAGCUUAAGAUCCAUUUUCAGAAACCAAGCAAACAGGGUGGUGAAGUUGAGGAUAUAAAUUAUGUACCAAAAGACAAACAUCUCUUGGUGGACUUGGAAGAGGAUUCUUCAGAAAAGUGAUAUUCCGUUUUUAGCAAAUGUACUGGUCUUCUUAAGUAAUUGGUCUCUUUCAUUGCACUUUCUUUUUUGCCAUUGAUAUAAUUAAACAUUUUUUCAUUCUUACUGGUAGCCUUUAUAAGUCUUCUCUUACCAUUUUUGUUUUCUUCUGAGACAGUUACAUUCUUUAUGCAUCUUUGCGAUAAUGCAUUUAUCUUCUGUAAAUAUGUGCUCAUGUGUGUUAUACUUCAAUAUGCAAUAAAACACUGGGAUCCCAUUUAAUCCAGUUGUACAUCUGGAUAAAUAAUUUAAUACUCAUGUUCUUUAACUUUGACAAAACUAAUCAAUUUGUAGCAGAAACAGAUUUAUUGGAUUAACAUAAAACUGUGACAUAUUCUUUUGUGUAUUUUGUGUAUUUACAUUGCUGUAUCAACAUAAUAAAUAGUAUAUUUUAAUUUGA